AUGAAACAAAAACAGAAUAAUAUCAGUUCGAAUUUUGAUGAUAAUGAUCAACAAACAAUUGUACUCCCAUCAUGUGAGUCAACAACGAAAGAACAACUUUAUUUGAAAGUAAUCGAUCAGAAUCCAAACAAUGUCAAUGCUUAUUACGAGUUGGCAGUAAUUCUUAAUGAUGAAAAUCGAUCAUCGAUCAUUCUGACAUCUGGUCAAUCAAUGACUGUGCAAAACCUUUUCAUAAAAGCAAUUGAAUGUAAUCCAACUGAUUCAAAUUUAUAUUUUAACCUUGCAGUGACACUCUCAAGUGGUGAAUCAAUCACACUUAAUGAUGGACAAUCAAUGACAGAACAACAAAUAUACUUGAAAUCAAUAGAAUGUGAUCCAACCAAUUCCAAUUCAUAUAAUAACCUUGCAACGACACUUUCAAAUGGUGAAUCGAUCACACUCCAUAACGAUGAAUCAAUGACUGCACAACAACUACUCUUGAAAUCAAUAGAAUGUGAUUCAACUGAUUCCAAUUCAUAUAAUAACCUUGGAGCAACACUUUCAAAUGAAUGUGAUCCAACCAAUUCAUAUUCAUAUUAUAACCUUGCAAUUACACUUUCAAGAGGUGAAUCAAUCACACUUAAUGAUGGACAAUCAAUGACUGCACAACAACUAUACUUGAAAGCAAUAGAAUGUGAUUCAUCCGAUUCCCAAUCAUAUCAUAACCUUGCAACGACACUAUCAAGUAGAACAAUCAAACUUAAUAAUGGAGAGACAAUGACACGACAACAAUUAUACUUGAAAUCAAUUGAAUGUGAUCCAACCAAAUCCGAUUCAUAUUAUAGCCUUGCAACGAAACUUUCAAGAGGUGAAUCAAUCACACUUAAUAAUGGACAAUCAAUGACACGACAACAACUAUACUUGAAAUCAAUAGAAUCCUUACAACUACACUUUCAAAGAGGUGAAUCAAUCACACUUAAUAAUGGACAAUCAAUGACAAAACAACAACUUUACUUGAAAUCAAUAGAAUGUGAUCCAACCAAUUCAAAUUCAUAUUAUAACCUUGCAACAACACUUUCAAAUGGUGAAUCAAUCCUACUUAAUAAUGGACGAUCAAUGACAGAACAACAACUAUUAUUGGAAUCAAUAAGAUUAGAUCAUACACAAACAAAAGCUUACAAAUCGAUUGGAUUAACACUUUUGAACAACAAACAAACGAUUACACUUCCAAAUGGUGAUCAAAUGACAAGAAGACAACUACUUCAAAAAGUAAGAGAUUAG